AGUGCCUGUAUUUCAGGCUGUAAUACAAGUGUUGAAGCACAAUGGCCCGGACCAAGCAGACAGCGCGCAAUUCGACCGGAGGGAAAGCUCCUCGCAAACAACUGGCGACCAAAGCGGCGCGGAAGAGCGCUCCAGCCACGGGCGGAGUGAAGAAGCCUCACCGCUACCGGCCCGGCACCGUGGCUUUGCGGGAGAUCCGGCGCUACCAGAAAUCCACCGAGCUGCUCAUCCGUAAACUGCCCUUCCAGCGCCUGGUGCGUGAGAUCGCUCAGGACUUCAAGACAGACCUGCGCUUCCAGAGCUCGGCCGUCAUGGCCCUGCAGGAGGCCAGCGAGGCUUACCUGGUGGGGCUCUUUGAGGACACCAACCUGUGCGCCAUCCACGCCAAGCGAGUCACCAUCAUGCCCAAAGACAUCCAGCUGGCCCGCCGCAUCCGCGGGGAGCGCGCUUAAACUCGGAACCAAGGACAACAAAA